UGGUCUGUCAGAAGACCAAAACAGUAGAUACAGUGUAGUUAACUUUAACUAGCUUGUUAAUUUUGACUGUUUUUAUUUUUUCUUUAGUUUCUUGUUAUUGUUGUCUGCACAUCGAUUUUGAUUUUAAAUGUUAACGUUAGUGUGUCUGUUUUUAUAGCUCUUUCACUGAAAUGUGUUCACCUGGGAAAUAUAGCUGGCUAACGUUAACUGGUUAAAUAUGAUGCGUUUUGAUAGUUUCGCCUUUUGGGUUUAACGUAGUUGAUGUUAUAAAAUAACGUUUUAUUGAAAUGGAACGACCUUCAAGGAGUAGGAAACCGGUUAACUAUUCUGACAAUAAAGAAUUUGAUGAUGAUGAAGAUUUUGCCUAUGUUAAAGCACCUCCCAACAAAAAGGCCAGAGUGUCUGGCAAAGAGCCAGAGUGGGAGAAGACUAUAAAAUCAGCCAGUAAGACCACGAGCCAGGAGGCUAGCACUCUGCCCUCAAACCGUAAGGAAAGAUUACCCUUGGAUGAUAAACUGUAUGCGAGGGAUUUAGAAGCAGCCCUUACAUUGUCCAUGCUCAGGACUCCAGAGGCAGGAGAGGAACUGUCACCCAAUGACAAAGGUGGAGAGGACCAGCCCCUCUCAAAAGCCGAAUCUGCGUCCCUAUCACCGUUGCUCUCAAACUGCAGCGUGGACAUCAGCCUCUUGGGCCUGGAUAAGAUCACGGGUGAGCGCGGCGCCCCCUGCAGGCCGAGGCAGGCCGUGUCCAAGGCUGCAGAGUCCCAGAGAAGCCUGCAGCAGGAGGAGAGCGGCAGUGGAAGGGAUGAGGACUACCAGCCCACCUGCACUCCAGAUUCUGAGAGCGAUGCUGGUUCCAGCGGGGAGGACGAAAGUGACGACGAGGAAUUCACCGUAAAAAAAGCUGAAAAAAAGAAACCAAAAAAGGCUGAGAAAACGAAAAAGGAGAAAACGGCAAGUCCACCAGCCCUUCAGAAGCAGAAGAAGACUUCAAAAUCCCCUAAAUCCAAACUAGAAGCUGCAGCAUCUCCUGUGGGCCGUCGGCCUGUGUCCAUUCCAAGGAAGCCAGCUUCCAGUCCUCCAGCGUCCAGACCUCCAGCGUCCAGUCCUCCAGUGUCCAGUCCUCCAGCGUCCAGACCCCCAGCGUCCAGACCCGCAGUCUCUCUCAGUCCAGCGGGGGGCAAGCUGCCUAAGUGGACCCCCCCAGCUCAAAUCGGAAGGAGCCCCGGCGCCUCGCAGAGUAUCCAGGUGAAGUCUCCGGGGCAGGGCCUGCGUUUGGGCCUGUCCCGCCUCGCCCGGGUCAAGCCCCUGCACCCCAGCGCUGCAGGACACUGACCCCUCCUCCCCCAAACUGUGUACACUGCCUUUUUUAUUUUCACUAUUUUACUUUUUACUUUUUUUUUUUCAAAACAAUUAUUUCAGUGUAAUGCUGGAUGCAUUUACUGAGCAGGACAUUGCUAUAGACCACGCUCUUCUGCUGCUUGGGAACUGUUUGAGCAGCCUUUGCAGCAGCAUCACUGGAGAAUUGGAGACCUCAUAUUAUUUUAGCUGUAGUACUGUUGCAUUUGCUUACAGCCAUGCACUUCAUUUUCAAUUUGUCAAACAAGCUACUUUGUAGUGUUUUAGUCUUAAAUUGCGCCAACUGUAAUUCAAUUAGAUUCUACCACAGUACACUAGCUCCCCCUGCUGGAAGUCUCCCAGAUUGGGCCCCAGUAAUAAAACAUCCGAGAGAAAGUGAGCUGGUCUCUACCAGAUUUCUUCUGUCUGUAUUGUAACCUUAUGCAUUAUGAGCAAGUAGACUGUUCCUCUUCAAAAGUCAUCAAUGGGGAAAAGGCCAAACAGUGGAAUAGAAAGUUCUUGCUGAUGGUAAGGCUUUUGCCUUUGAGUGUAUGAUGGAGCUCAGGUUCUAGGUUUACAGGUAACCAUUUGAAACUGUCAACUGUCCUUUUAUUCUUUUACAAUAAUUCUAUAUUUAACCAAUUUCUGGUGCAUAUUUUUGAUGUAAAUUUGUACAUAUAAGUGUAAUAAAAUCCCUGUCUUGGAAUAAAAGCUAAAGAGCUGAA